GCCCACGAUCUCUAAGGCCUCGGCGGAGCCGCCGGGUGAUCCCCCCCGGCCUCGAGUUGCAAGGGGGCGGGCUCGGGCCGGAGGUGGAGUCUCCCGCCAAUUGAAGCCUCGGCUAUAAAGCGAGCUCCCCGCACAGCCGAAGCCCAGAUGCCUGGCCAGGCCGGCCGGCGGCGGUUGGUGGGGGGGGGCUGUAGAGGGUCCCAGGGGCCCCUGGGGGGCGCCGCCACCAUGCUCCGCUCCCUGCUGCUUCACUCUCUGAGGCUCUGCGCCCAGACCGCCUCGUGCCUCGUGCUCUUCCCGCGUUUCCUCGGCACGGCCUGCAUGCUCUGGUUGCUCGACUUCCUGUGCAUCCGCAAGCAUUUACUGGGCCGCCGGCGUCGGGGUGAGCCUGAAACUGAAGUGGAGCUCAACAGUGAUGGCGACGAGGUGCCCCCCGACGACCCGCCUAUCUGCGUGUCUGACGACAACCGCCUGUGCACCCUGGCGUCGCUGAGGGCGGUGUGGCACGGCCAGAAGCUGGAUUUCUUCAAGCAGGCUCACGAAGGCGGGCCAGCGCCCAACUCCGAGGUGGUCUUGCCCGACGGCUUCCAGAACCAGCACAUCCUCGAUUACGCUCGAGGAAACCGCCCGCUGGUGCUCAAUUUCGGAAGCUGCACCUGACCACCGUUCAUGGCGCGAAUGAGCGCCUUCCAGCGCCUGGUCACCAAGUACCAGCGCGACGUCGACUUCCUCAUCAUCUACAUUGAGGAAGCGCACCCCUCCGACGGCUGGGUCACCACAGACUCUCCCUACAGCAUCCCGCAGCACCGAAGCCUGGAGGACCGAGUCAGCGCGGCGCGAGUGCUGCAGCAGGGUGCGCCCGAAUGCUCUCUCGUCCUAGACACCAUGGCCAACUCCAGCAGCUCCGCCUAUGGCGCCUACUUCGAGCGCCUCUAUGUCAUCCAGAGUGGCACCAUUAUGUACCAGGGCGGCCGCGGCCCCGAUGGCUACCAGGUCUCCGAGCUGCGUACCUGGCUGGAGCGCUACGAUCAGCAGCUGCACGGCCCUCAGCCCCGUCGAGUGUAAACAACUGCUGGACAGUUGACUGAACUUGGUGGGCUCUGCCUUCGAGCUUUCUAAGCCCACGUGCAAACGCCCCAAACGAAGUCAGGCUUGGCGAGGGCCCAGUGACACAGCUGUGCUGAGCCAUGGAUCGCAGGCAGAGUCUGCCCCCUCGGCCAAGCCACCUGAAGAUUCUCCUCCGCCUCCCCGGGGCUCUGCUUCAGUGACUGUCCCUCACCUGUGUUGCCUGGCUCACUCUAAGUCCCCUUCUGGCUGCAGAGGCAGCGCCACCCUUGCUUGUGUGCCCUGGACUUGUCCUUGCACAGGCCCCUGCCACGCGCUCUCCCCAGCGUGCCCUUAGCCAGGCGCAUUGGCCCCGCGCAGAGAGACUUUGGCCGCAGCCGCGCGCCCUGGGCGCAGCUAGGUUACAGCACCGCGUCUGGCUCACCCUAGUUGCCUGGCACCCACACCUGUCGCUCGUCCGGAGGCGAUGCCCUGCUGCUUUUGUGUCUACUUCUUGUCCCUGAGUUGGGGGAGGAGGCUUGGAAUGGGGAAGGGUGGGUGGGCAGGGUUACGUUCCCCCCCCUCAUUUGGGAUGCUCACGAGCCCCACUGCUGAUGACGAGCUGUCUCUAACUGGUCUUGACCACGAGCCGGUUCUGAAUUGCAGGAGACUCGAAGCAGCGCCCAAACCGAGAGGGGAAAGUGCUCUGGGUUUCCUUAAUGAAACCACAUCAACGGGGUGGGAGAGGGAGGUUGGGGGACUGUUGGGGGACAGAGGGAGACAGCUUGGGAGGUAUUGGCGAGGUUCGCAGCGCCCCGGGGAGAAGGAAGGGGCUAGGGCUCCAGGGACAGGGGGUUUGGGUGGUGGAGCCCGGAGAGGAGAGAUGGGGGGAAGAGCCUGGGAACCCGGAGUGAGGGGUCUCUCAGGCAGAGCUGCCGAUUGCGGGGCCGGAAGGUGGGGGGCCCCUGAUUUGAAGGCCGUUUAGUGAGUGUUUUGCUGGAAAUAUUCCCUGUGUAUAAACUUCUUUUACACUACAAUAAUAAAGGCUUGAAGUAAAUUGCUU